AUGACUAUACAUGUUGUCAAAAUUAAUUUGGCUUUGACUCAAUUAUCCCAAAUCAGCCAUGUCAAAUUUAAAAAAGAAAGUGGUAUUCCUGCUAUUCAUAAUAUUGUAAGAAUUCAAAACAUCCUAACUAAUCCUAAUGAUCAUUCUCUUGAUGAUUUGCUAAGAAUAGAUAAAUCAGAACUGAACGGGGCAUCAGAUUAA